AUGCGUCCAUGCGGCAUCGAAACGAAAUUCACUGCUUGGAAAACCGUCGGCAGUUUAAAGAUUCGGAGGGAGAUCGACGACAGAAAAACAUGGUUUCGAUCGAACCCGUCCGGAUCUCGAAGACAACCAUACCGCGGACUCUUCAACCAUAUUAUUAUACAUUUGUACGUGUGCUUACCGCCUCCGCCGAAGGGUCUCGUUGUGUUUCAGUCGCGUCCGGCGGCUGCACGGGGCCGUCGUCCGCGAGCGGUGCCGUUGUUCCGUUGGCAGUUUGUCGCGCCGCCGUCCCGCCGUGGCCGUCAUCGUUGUUGUUUGGGACCUCCGUUUUCGCGACGAAAGAACAACCGACACGGUGGGAAAACGGUGAGAACGCGAGCGGUCGAUGCUCGCGGUGGAUACGGCGCCGGAAACCGCGGAUUUCGCUAA